GUGUGCGUCCCUUGCGACGGAACUGCUUCAGCGUUCAGAGCCAUCGGAACAGACUUCGUCCACAGAUCGUGGAUAUUUUGUAGUCCAUUUAGUCAUCAUAUUUUCUUCAAAAUGCCGCGAAGAGCCCUAAGGUGUAUUGUUGACUUGCAGUUGCAGCUGGUUUCUGCCCCUGGAGUGUGGUUACCCAGCAGAGAAGAUGUCUAUCUCAGCGUCUCCCUCUUCAACCAGUACCGAAAUACUCGACUCGUUGCCUCAGUCUUCCCUCUGCUUAUCCAUGAAAAAUUCAGAUUUGAGAAGACAUACUACACGGCUGUUGACCCAGCUCACGUAGCGGACAUGCUGGCAGGGCAUCUCACCCAAACUGGAGUUUAUAACCACAACAGUCAUCAAGGAGUCCUUUUCUCCGGAGCUGGAUGCUCUCGAUGACGCUGUGGAAUUGGAUAUGGAAAGUCGCAGUCGGUCCCGAGCAAGAAGGAGAUCUCUGUCCAGAUCAAGGUCCCUGUCCCCCAGUCUCAGACGCAAGAUGGCCGACAUUUCCCUCGACGAUACCAUUGACCCCAGGCCACCUUUUGUUGUCAGAAAGCUGUCGACGGAUCUGAUUGGACGCAAACCAGGGGGAGUAACAGACAAGGGAGCUGAGAGCAAGCCAAAGCGGAGUGCUUCCCCUUACAGGUCCCCCAGUCGCAUAGGAAAACGAAAGGUCAUGGAAGCAUGGUCGGCCCGUCCGCUCAGGCCUAUCAGUCCCCUGCCUUCGUACCGUUUGUCAAAGGUAAUCAGAAGCACAUACGAGGACCCUCUACCAGUUUUCAAGCCAAAAUAUGAUGAUCUAGACUGUGAAGUUGCAGCCUUGACCUCAACCACGCCCUCCUACAAAUCGCCACGCCCCCGCAGUGUGAGCCCCCUGCUGUACAGAAGCCCCUUCAGUCUCCGCUACGCUGACCCGCUCAGCCCCACAUACUACGAACGUGUUCUGGAAAGGGAGCGCGAGUACGCCCGGUCUCGUCGCCUGGCGCGAGUCUACGACUCCUACUACAAGUCCAUUGAUGACCUUGACCUGGAGCUUCGCCUGGCAAGGCUCCGAACGGAGAGGCUUCUGUACUGAUUAGUAGGCACACCAGUCUGGUCAGUGCUUAGUGCUGGAUGAAACUCAAAGGACCAGGACCAGGUUACCAAAUUCAAGAUAAUGUGAGGAAAAAAAGCGAGGGAACAAAGUUGCUUCAUGGAGAUCCGGACGACCACAGUUCUGUAGAACUCAGCUAUGACAACGCUAGUGAGACUGGGACGAUUCUUGAAGAAAUUUCCUGCGAGAUGCGUUCUGAACAAUGCCAAAAGAAAGAAAGAAAAGUGUGCUUAGUCCUUUCUGAAAGCAACAAUUGGAAGAAAGAACUGUGUAAAUCUUUAUAAGUCACAGCAAAAAGAGUGGGGAUAUGGGGAUACUUUCAGUAGUUGGGUUAACUUAAAUGAAAGGGAUUAGAAAAAUCAAGAAUACACACAUAUAUAUAUGUAUAAGACUAGUUUUCCCAGUUGUUACAAAAUAUUAUGAAUGAUGGGAUUCUGGCUCCACUUUACUACCAAGAGACAGCUUGACCCGAGACGCUACUGAAUCUGAGACAUGAAUUUUGUAAACACGUCGUACUGUGAUAUGAGACCCAUCAAGCAAAGCCUAAGUCUCAUCUUGCAAGGCAGCUAGUUAAAGUUUUUUUUGGGGGGAGGGGGAAUUUUGCUCGCAACAUCAAAGCCAACAUAUCUCUGUUUUUAUCCAGCUCUCCUGCCUUUAUAUCAUUCUAGCAAAAUAUUCUAUUGUUUAUAUUUAUUCGUAGAAUUUGACUAACGAUAGUGUUCACUAUAUUUUUGUUUUGCUUAUUUGUCCUGCUGCAGCAUUAUCUUUUCGUCGGUUUAUCACGUAGACUCAUCUACUGUACUAUGGAUUUUGUAAUGUUCAUUUCAUCUUCAAAACUGCUGGAAAUGUCAGUUCACAUAUUCAUCAAAUCGGUUUUAGAACUUUUGAGUGAUCUAGACAAAAUGCCCCUUUUUUUUGCGAAAUGUUUGAAUGCAUCUGAUUCACUUUUUGAAUUUGCCACAGAGUGGACUUUAAGGCUCCCAAUGUCAGCUUAAUUGGACAAAUAAAUCAAGGAACGGUACUGUAUUAUUUACUGUUUAGAACUGAAAUAUUGGUGUUUAGGUUUAAGUCUGUUCCUUUAUAUUUGGAAACACCUGCCAAAACUCUUUCUGUCCAUGUUUGUCGUUUAAAUUUAAAUGUUUGAUGCCAAGUCUGGGCGAGAGAAGCCUAUCAAAGUAAAACUGACGAGAACAGUCAGACUUUAGGUAACUGUGAUCAUGAUACUCAAAGUCUUUUCAUUAAUGUUAUUUUUUUUCUGUCUCAAACAAAGCAGGAAAGUAGAGAUUAACGACAUAUUGGAUGGAUUCAAGGUUUUUUUAAUGAACCCGUAUCACUUUUAUAGCCCUUUUAUUACCGUUGCAACUUAUCUGUUUGCAAUGUGUUGAGCACACAUUGUUGCAUUUAUAUGAAUGUUCUUUUUUUGUGCAUUGUGUUUAAUUAAGCUGUCUCCUUGAAUGCUCACCUGACUACGACAAACUACGGGGCUAAGGGUCUCCCAAGUCAUUCUCGUUUUCAAGACAUAAAAAGAGAAAGAAACGUGACUACUGUCGUCUUUUUCGGUUAAUUUCAUAAGUGGAUGGAGAUUUUUGUUCCAAUAUAACGAAAUUCUGCCCAGGAUGUGAAUUUCCUGAAGCCUUUACUUUUGAAGUUCCAUUCCCUCAGAUUCCAUUUAAGGUGCCUUCUUUUUCACUUUUACAUUUCUAGAAAUAUAUUAUAUAAUCAAUUUUGAUGGUACGUAACAUACAUAUCUUUUUACUUCCGUGUGUGUGGGAGAAGACGUUUUUGAUGAUCGUAUCUGCCUUUUUAAAAGUCAACUUUUUGUAAUGGUUUUUUUCUAUUGUUUUACUCUGACACUGUUUGUUUUUAUUAGACGCACAUUGUUGGGAGACUUGCUUCUCUUUGAUUCAUCUAUAACAAGGGUGUGCAAACUACGACCCGCUGACUAAAUGUGGCCCUUCACAACGUUUUAUGCGGCGCUCGGAAACGUUCGUAGAAAUUUUUAAAAUUCUCAAAUAGCUCAAAUAUCAAUAUAAUAUAUACCUGAGCCAAGACCAGCUUUUGUAGUGUCACAGUCAUCAAAUAAUUGUUUUAUAUUGAUGCGCUUUGUAUUUUGAGUUAUCCCAAUGAAAGAAGAGUAAUUUUACGUAGCUUACUACUAUGUGCAGAUUUUACAGGCAUGGCCCAUUUCCUAUUCAUAACCCUGUUGAAGGGGCCCCUGAUCCAAAAGUUUGCCCGUCCCUAGCUUGUGACAUGAAUGAAGGUACAGAAGACAAAGUUUUAGCACAACUUGACUUCACUGAAUAAUGUGGAGGAAUUGUAAACUAUUGCAAUUCAGAGUCUCAUUGGUCAUUUUAUUUUUUUGUAAAACCAUUUUUCCCAACAUUUUCACUCCAAUUUUUUUAUUUGUUCCGUAAAUGACAACUGUAUUGUUUUGAUAUAUUAAACAAAAGUGGUAUACUUUUAUGGCUGCCAGAAUACAUUUUGAGUCGUUAGCCACCGUUGAAAAUUUAUUCAAGAUGUGAAUUAUCUUAUCUUUUAUAAAUAUAUUUUUCUUUGUCCAAAUGAAUUUCUCCCUGCUAAUGAUAUGUUACAUGUGGCACAAGUUGAUUGGUUGAAUGAUGUAUUUGAAAAAGGCACAAUCAUACCAAGACAAACUGUACUGUACUACGCUGUUGUUGACCUCGCACUAUGGGCCCAAAUCUCAGAGAUGUAAGAAAAUAAACGUCUGGCUUUAUGGCUUCACAACUGUUUGUUGUGCCCUCAGCAUUUGCACUUUGGGCAAAAUAAUCAGCGCUCCUUCUC